CAGUGGCUGCUGUAGAAAUGGGCAAGUUUAUGAAACCUGGGAAGGUGGUGCUGGUCCUGGCCGGAUGCUACUCCGGAUGCAAAGCGGUCAUCGUGAAGAACAUUGAUGAUGGCACUUCAGACCUCCUCUACAGCCAUGCUCUGGUGGCUGGAAUUGACCGCUAUCCCCGAAAAGUGACAGCUGCCAUGGGCAAGAAGAAAAUUGCUAAGAUGUCAAAGAUCAAAUCUUUCGUGAAAGUUUAUAACUACAAUCACUUCAUGCCCACAAGGUACUCUGUGGAUAUCCCCUUGGACAAAACUGUUGUCAACAAAGAUGUCUUGAGAGACCCUGCUCUGAAACGCAAGGCCCGAUGGGAGGCCAAGGUCAAGUUCUAAGAGAGGUAUAAGACCGGCAAGAACAAAUGGUUCUUCCAGAAGCUGCGGUUUUAGAUCUUUCUCGCUUCAGUCAUUAAAAGUCAAAAA